CGAUCGAUGUCAAUUUGUAGCCUUUAAUUUCUGCCAGUCGUGUGUGUUUCGCACUACUAGUACGUAGCAGAGCCCGGCCGCGGCCUGAUCAGUUGGCUCGUUUCUUUGCCGGCGUUGUGGUCUUGUGGAGGAGCCACCAGCGCCACGACACAGGGGCAGCGGGGCCAUCCAUGUCCAUAGUCCAUUCCCCUGCCGAGCAACGAAACCCCUUUUGUUUCGCUGGAAAGCCAGAGCCGGCCAGGAGGAGGAGGGCCGGUCACUUGGUGUUGGCGGUGGUGGAUUCCACUUCCUCCGGCGCGCGCGGCAGGGCCAGGGGCUGGCCGUAGAAACGUAUCGCCGGAGGAGACUGUCGUCGUCGUCGCCUCAUUUAUUUGCUAGCUUUUGCGCUGGUUUCUGUCCGAGUGCGGGAUGUGUAAGCCAAAAGAAGCUGCGUUUCUUGGGGAUCGGGCGCUGUAUAUAAGCAUGUGAUUCGCGCAAGAAGCAGCCGAGAGGAGUUGCCAGAGCGUCAAGUCUGGUUCGCCGCACGGCGUCGCGACGCCGACGGUCAUGUCGGGGAAGACGACGCCGACGAAGGCGACGCUGAGCCGGCCAUGCGUUCUGGUCAUAGUGAUGGCGGGCGUGGAGAGGUUCGCGAACAAGGGGGUGGGGUCGAACCUGGUGACGUACCUCACCAGCGUCGUGGGCAUGAGCACGGCGGCGGCGGCCAAGAGCGUCAUCGCCUGGAACGGCGUCAGCUUCAUGCUGCCGCUCGUCAGCGCCGUCCUGGCUGACUCCGCCCACUGGGACCGCUACUGCACCAUCGCCGCCUCCUCCUUGCUCUACGUCUUGGUUACCACCACUGUCCCUCCUUGUCCAGGGAAUGGUAGCGCUCACGACAUGGGCGCUGCUGGGGACACGGAUGCCGCGCUCCACGCUCUUCUUCCCGCUCUACCUCAUGUCCAUCGGGCAAGGCGGAUACCAGCCUUCGCUGCAAGCGUUCGGCGCCGACCAGCUGAGCAUCGGGGACGACGACGACGACGGUGACGGCGACACCGAGCCCGGCGCGUCGUCGACGCCGGAGGAGAAGGCCAAGGUGAAGAGCAUGUUCUUCCGGUGGUGGUACUUCGGCAUGUGCAGCGGCAGCCUGCUGGGGAACUCCACCAUGUCGUACGUCCAGGACAACCUGGGCUGGGGCCUCGGUUUCGCCAUCCCCUGCGCCGUCAUGGCUCUGUCCGUCGCGGCCUUUUUCUGCUGCACCCCUCUGUACAAGCGGCACCGGCAGGUGCAGCAGCCGAAGGGCACCGGUAUUAGGCCGUCCCCGAGUAGCGUCUUCAACUUCAAGUCGGUUCUCGGCGCUAGCCGAAAGAUCAGUCUGCCGCCGUCGAGAUCAUCAGACGACAAUGGCGACGCCAUUUCUGAGCUUGAGUUGCAAGAGAAGCCACUGAAAACUGAUGAAGCAUCAGAGUCCUCCCCUGACGAGGCUGCCGCUGCUCCCGGCGUGGCCAAGGUCAUACUCGGCCUCCUGCCGAUCUGGGCGAUCCUGCUCGUCUUCGCGGUGAUCUUCCAGCAGCCGAUGACCUUCUUCACCAAGCAAGGCAUGCUGAUGAACCACACGAUCGGCGUCGGCGUCGGCUCCGGCUCCCUGGUGAUCCCGCCGGCGAUGCUGCAGAGCUCGAUCACCGUCUCCAUCAUCCUGCUCGUGCCCAUGUACGAUCGGAUGAUCGUCCCGCUGACCAACGCCGUCACGGGGGGCAGCGACGGCAUCACGGUGCUCCAGCGGAUCGGCGUCGGCAUGGUCCUCUCCGUGGUGGCCAUGGUCGCCGCGGCGCUCGUCGAGUCGCGGCGGCUCCGCGCGGAGCCCGCCCUGCUGAGCAUCUUCUGGCUCCUGCCGCAGUACGUCCUGCUGGGGGUCUCCGACGUGUUCACCGUGGUGGGGAUGCAGGAGUUCUUCUACUCGCAGGUGCCGGCCUCCAUGAGGACCACCGGCAUCGGGCUCUACCUCAGCGUCUUCGGCGUCGGCGGAUUCCUCGGCGCGUCCCUCAUCACCCUGCUCGAGAUGGCCACGGCGAGGCCCGGCAACGCCCGCGGAUGGUUCUCUGACGACCCGCGGGAGGCGCGGAUAGAUAACUUCUACUGGUUCUUGGCUCUCCUCUGCUUCGUCAGCUUUGUCGUCUUCACGCACUUGUGCAAGUACUACAACGACAGAUCUGCGUCAGGGAGGUAGGAUCGACCCGAGUAAUUAAGCUGGGGGUGGACGAGAGGAUCUUCGAUCUUGAUUUUGCUUGACACCUUGAGUGAAAACUCAUUACUUGUAUUUUCAGGGCGAUUCUAGCUAGAGAUAGUUCGUCUGUGUAAUGUUUUCAGAAAGACAUGUAAUUCAGGACUCUAGACGUAAUGGUUGUGUUCCAACACUUGUACAAAGCUUGUCUUGUGAUUUGAUAGGCAAAAGAUAAUACUCUCUCCGAUUCUUCGUUCUUUUU